GGAGCCGGGGUGGUGCUGGGGACGCUGCGCACACCCGGGAGCCGUCGUCCAGAGCCUCCCGGGGUGGGGGGUACAGGUGUUCGAGCCCAGGCCAAUAAUGGCUGGCCCACCCAUCCGCAUAGGGGACCAACUGAUUCUGGAGGAAGACUACGAUGAGACCUAUAUCCCCAGCGAACAAGAAAUUCUUGAAUUUGCCAGAGAGAUUGGUAUUGAUCCCACCAAGGAACCAGAACUGAUGUGGCUGGCACGGGAGGGCAUCGUGGCUCCACUGCCUAUGGAGUGGAAACCAUGCCAGGACAUCACAGGUGACAUUUACUAUUUCAACUUUGCCAAUGGGCAGUCCACCUGGGACCAUCCAUGUGAUGAACAUUAUCGGAACUUGGUGAUCCAAGAGCGGGGAAAGCUGUCAAAUCCUGGGGCCACUAAGAAGAAAGACAAGAAAAAGAAAAAGGAGAAGAAAGAGAAGAAGGACAAGGAGAGCUCUAAAAGUUCCCUGGCUCUGGGCUCCUCGUUGGCCCCAGUCCAUGUUCCUCUCGGGGGCCUGGCCCCUCUCCGAGGCCUUGUGGAUGCCCCAUCUUCUGUGCUUUGGGGACCUCCCAAUAAGAGCCUGGGGAGCUCAGCGGAGUCUGGUCAGCAUAGAGAACUGCCGCUUUCACAGGGCUUGAAGACGCCCACGGGAGCCACGGGCCUCCUGAGCUCAAACAUCCAGGAGGACAAGAAUACUCUCAGGCUUUUGGCUUUAGGGGAAGAUACCCAUGAGGAGGAUGAGGAAGAGAGCAACCACCAGAGUGUCCGCAGCACGAGUGACCUUCUCAAGAACUUGCACCUGGAUGUGGGGGCAUUGGGAAGCGAUCUUGAGUAUAAGGAGUCCCUGAGGUCCAGCCAGCCAGAGGAGAAGAAAGAUGUUUCUCUUGAUGUGGACCCUGCCAGCCCCUCUCCUCCCGGCAAGCUCUCCAGCCAAGGUGCAGACAGCAGUCUGAGCAGUGCCGAUGGCAAGGAACAGCAGGAAAGAGGGGCCAGUCCUUGGCUGCCAGAGAAGGAGGAACAUGGGAAGAGUGAUCCUGCAACCCCCAGGAGUCCAGUGACUCUUGGCGUGGACCCCGAAGCCCGUCUGCCUGCCCAUGCCUCUGUAGCACAGCCCCCAAAGGAUCAAGUGGAUGCAGAAGAGGAGGGUUCCCAAAGAGAAGAGGCAACACAGGAGCCAAAGAAAGAGGCUUCAGCUCUGAAAGAGAACAUAUCAGACAAUAGUGAGGAGUUGGAGAUCAGUGAACAUGUAAAGGACGUACAUCUUUUGGACUCCAUGGAUUCAGACCCCAAGUCCCUCUGUGGCCUGGAUUUCGGUUUCCGCAACCGGCUCUCGGAGCACCUGCUGGAUGCGAAUGUGCUUUCUCCAGUCCUGGAUGGAGCUCACUGGGAGGUGAGUCUCUGUGGCCUGUCCCAGGGUAGGUUAGGAAGAGAGCACCAGAAUGACAGCCAGUCCAGCCAAGAGGAGCUGCAGAGCAAGCAGUCCAACGGCUCGGAGAGAUUAUAUCCUCCACUGCUGACCAGGGCACGGCUCCAGAGUCCACUUCACAGCUGGGACACUGAAGAAGGGCCUCUGAAGGCCCCCAAAGGGCCGGAGGCAGUGGAACCGGGAGAGGAGUCCAUAUCUGAACCCGUGCCACUGCUGGCCCUCAGGAGGGAUCAAGCCCACAGCUCACCUGCUGCCCAUGAGAAAGGCACAGAGCAGCUCUCCCAGGCCAAGGAGCUGGGCCCUGGCCAGGAAGAGGCCAAGGAACUCAAGGACAAGGUGGUGGUCAGCUCCACCCCGCCAGUCUCGCCAGAGGUGCCAUCUCGGGAGCCUGCGGCUGCACAACAGCUCUCAGAGGCUACCCUAAAGGUCAUGGAAGAGGCGGUGGCCCAGGAAAUGGAACAAGACCAGAGGCGGCUGCUGCAAUUGAAGCGAGAGAAGUUGCAACAACUGCAGGAGAGGCUGUGGCGAGAGGAGGAAGAAGAGAUCCUCCAACUUCACCAACAGAAAGAGAAAUCUCUCAGUUCUCUAAAAGAGCAGCUGCAGAAAGCCACCGACGAGGAGGAGGCCCGGAUAAGGGAAGAGGAGAGCCAGAGGCUGUCUCAGCUCCGAGCUCAGCUCCAGUCCAGUACGGAAGCAGAUGAGGUCCAGAUGAGGGCCACACAACAGGCUUCCCUGCAGAGGCUGAGAGAGGAGUUGGAGUCUUUGCAACAGGCUGAGAGGGCCAGCUUGGAAGAGAAAAGCAGGCGGCAGCUGGAGCUGCUCCGAGAGGAGCUGGAGGUUCGGGAGAAGAGUGAGCAGGCCGCCCUGAGAGCCGGGAUGGAGCAGGCUCUGCAGCAGCUGAGGGAGCAGCUGGAAGUGGAGCGAAGAGACGCACUGGCAAGGCUGGAGCAAGAGCACAGCACCGAGCUGGAACAGCUCUGUUCCUCGCUGGAGACCAAGCACCGGGAGGUGCUGUCUAGCCUGCAGAAGAAGAUGGAGAAAGCCCAGCAGAGAGAGGAGAGCGAGCUGCGUGAGAGCCUGGGGAAGGCAGAACAGCGAGCCUACCAGAAGCUCCACCAAGUGAUGGAGUAUGAACAAGAGCUCAGCAGCCUCCUGCAGGAGAAGCGCCAGGAGGUGGAAAGGGAGCAUGAGAGGAAGAUGGACAAGAUGAAGGAGGAGCACCAGCGAGUGGUGACUGAAGCCAGAGAGCAGUAUGAAAUUGAGGAGAGGAAGCAGCGGGCCGAGCUGCUGGCGCACCUGACAGGUGAGCUGGAGCGCCUGCGAAGGGCCCACGAGCGAGAACUGGAGACCAUGAGGCAGGAGCAGGACAAGCAGCGUGAGGACUUGCGGCGCCGGCAGCGGGAGCAGGAAAGGAAAUUCCAUGAGUCAGAGGUGGAACUUGAAAUGAGAACUAAGGAUGUCAAGGCCAAACUGGCUCAGCUGGACAUGCAGGAGAAGACUGCCCGGAAGGAGAAGCAGCAGUUGCUUGACGUGCAGAGGCAGGUGGCUCUGGAGAGAGAGGAAGCCACAGUCACCCAUCGGCACCUGGAGGAGGUGAAAAAGGAGCACACACACCUGAUGGAGUCGAGUCGGCAGCUCCGAAGGGUUCUCGACGAGCUCCAGGCUCGCAAGUUAGAGCUGGAGUCUCAAGUGGGUCUGCUCCAGGCUCAGAGUCAGAGACUGCAGAGACAUGUCAGCAACCUGGAGGCUGAAGUUCAGAGGAAGCAAGAUGUGUUGCAGGAGCUGGCAGCUGAGGAGAGUCAACAUGCUUCUCCACAUUUUGAGCCCAGUCUCCACAUCGAAGACCUGAGGAAAUCCCUUGGGACAAACCUGGCCAAAGAGGCUCCCUCGUCCUUUUCCCAGAGCAAGGAGGCGAGCACGGCAUCCUUGGACAGCAUCCGGCACUAUCUCUCCACUGAGGGGAUAGCCAUACGCAGUGCCAAGGAGUUCCUGGUGCGGCAGAAGCGCUCCAUGCAGAGGCGGCAGACGGCCCUGAAGGCUGCCCGGCAGCACUGGCAUCAGGAGCUGGCCAGCACUCAGGAGGCGACCAAAGACUUGCCAGGCACCAAGGCCCUGGAAGACGUGCGCAAGAACCUGGAGGAGGAGACUCGGCACCUGGACGAGAUGAAAUCCGCCAUGCGCAAAGGCCAUGACCUGUUGAAGAAGAAGGAGGAGAAGCUGAACGAGCUGGAAUCCUCUCUCCGAGAAGAGGUCUCCGAUGAAGACACUCUGAGAGGAGCCCCCAAAAAGAAGGCAGUGACCUUUGACCUCAGUGAGGAGGAGGAAGAUGAAAUGAGCAGUGAAAGUUGCGAAUCUUGCUCCCUGCCUGGUGUCAUGCCAACCCCGAGUCCCAUCUUCCCCACCAAGAUCCAUCACUUGAGCAGCUCCUUGCAGCGGAUCAGCAGCGAGCUCAACGGCGUCCUCAGCAUGCUGGGCAGCCUCAACACGCCGCCACCGCUGCUGCCGCUGCAGCCACUCUUCACGUCCACACAGGCCACGUUUCCACCCCGCCCCUCCAAGGGUAUCCCCACCCCUGCCUACCGCUCCCUGACUCCACUCUCAGCCUCAUCUCCUGUCCCACCUGUGUCCACCCAGUGGGCCUGGGACCCGGGGCUGGGCCCCCGGCUGUCCUCCUCAGUGGCUCAGACAGUGGACGACUUCCUGCUGGAGAAGUGGCGCAAGUAUUUUCCAUCUGGCAUCCCAUUGCUCAGUAACUGCCCACCUCCUCUGGAAAACAAACUGGGAUAUGUAUCUGCCAGCGAGCAGCUCCGCUUCCUGCAGCGCCCACAUUUCCAGGCCCCUGAGAUUGGCAGCACCAACUUCCAGAGCAUCAUUGAAGCCAACCGCAGGUGGCUGGAACAGUUCAGGAAGGACCCUAAGUCACAUCUCUUCCCUGUGCCCAAGCCAGCUGCCACUGUGGGCCUGCUACAGCUAGGUCUUGAUGAGGACAAGACCCUGAAGGUGUAUCACUAUUGAGGCCCAAACCUGGGCUCUGGGGCCACCCAGCCCUCUUCUGCACACCCUGAGCGAGUGCCUGACAAGCUGCCUGCACUUUACUCUCUCUGAUAUAACAUCCUCCCAUCCCAGGCUGCUGGCCUGCCUGGAGGAUAUGGGGGACCCAGUGGGGGACCUGGGGCUGGGUGAGGCACGGCUGGAAAUGGCAAGCCAUACCCUCUGUGAGCACACGGUGUGUCUCACGUGGAGAGACGCAGACUUCUAUAAGCUCUGGCCUCAGCUUCACAACAGCAACUCUGACAAUGAAUAACAAUGAAUAUGAGUGGCGUGGGGCUAGGGGGUUCUCUCGGGGAGAGGGCAGCGUUGGAGAACUGCUUGCAAGUCUGGGAAAAUCCUUCUGGAGUCAGGUUGCUCUCUGACACCUGCAAGGUAUUUCCAGGGGUCCCUAAUCCGCCAGGGCCAUGUUCUCCCCACCCCCAGAUGCCCAGUGGUCACUCUCUGACCACAUCACAUCUCCAAUACCUCAGCCUGGCAGAGGCCAGACCCUUUGUCCAACAGCUCUGCUCUGAGCACUCUCUACCCUCUCAGGAUUGGGCUCAGCCACCGGAGCCCUGCUAGGGGCUAUGCCCCAGGAAGCCUUGCUGCCUUCUCUGUCCGUCCCUCCUAUCCCUGCCCCAAGCACUGUGCUUUGCUCAGGGGCUCAGGAGCACCCCUCCUCUCUCUGGGGGUGCCUCUGCAGAGCCAGCCAGUAUCUCAGGUCGUGAGCCUACAGCUCCUCCAGAGAAACCAAAAAGCCAUAGGGAAAGGCCACAUGUGUUCAUGGAUCCGCAGUUCCGUCCUUCCUGUCUGUUCCACCUGCCCCAGUCUUUGAUGCUGUGGCCACCUAUUCCCAGAGCUUGGCGGCAAGGGGCCUUGUCCCAGGCACUGCAGUUGCUGUGAAGGCCCAGCUCUGUGCAGCAUGCUCCUUGGGGGCUCUGUGCUGUGGUCUCAACAAAAUGCCUCCAUUUCUCUUUGAAAAGCUGUGGAGCUGCCCCUGCCUCCCUAUGGCCUGGAAGCCGGCUCCCUGCACGUCCCCAUCCUCCACCCAUCUCAUUGCCGUGGAAUAAAAAACCGAGACCCCCUUGGCUGCUUUAGCCUCUCAGGUACUCGUAGGCAUCAGCGCUGACCUCAUGCAAAAAGCCCAUUUUGUUACUUGGCUCACUGUGCCUGCUUUGGAAUUGCUCAACUCCAGUGACAAUCCUGUGUGUUCUGCAUCAAUUAAACCUC